ACGGCCCGGCAGUUGCCUGGUAACGCCCGCUGAAGGAGUCCCGGCGUCUGAAGGUCCCGGAGAAGUGUCACUGGCCCCGAGUGGGACCCCGUAGUCCGUUCUCUCCGCGCCAGCCUGUCCCCGCGGCUUGGCGGGCUAGGGCAGGGAAAUGUUGCAGGAGGAGUCGGAUCUUUCUCUCGUUAUUGCCCAGAUAGUCCAAAAGCUCAAGGGCUCCAAUUUGUACGCUCAGUUGGAACGGCAGGCCUGGGCCAGUCUUCAGAGACCUGAGAUUAAACUUGAAUCACUAAAAGAAGAUAUUAAGGAAUUCUUUAAAAUAUCAGGUUGGGAGAAGAAACUUCAGAAUGCUGUUUAUAGUGAACUGAGUGUGUUUCCUUUACCUAGCCAUCCUGCUGCACCUCCUGAACAUCUCAAAGAACCUUUGGUAUACAUGAGGAAAGCACAGGGAAGUUGGGAAAAAAGAAUUUUGAAGAGUUUAAAUAGUAUGUGCACUGAACUGAGUAUCCCAUUGGCACGAAAGAGGCCAGUUGGAGAACAGAAAGAACUUCUCAAUAAAUGGAAUGAAAUGGGAACUGAUGAACCAGAUUUAAGCCUUUUCAGACCUGUUUAUGCACCCAAGGAUUUUCUGGAGGUGUUAAUUAAUCUUCGCAACCCAAAUUAUGAAAAUGGUGAUUCUCUUAGUUUCAGGACUCAUUUGGGUUUAAUCCAAGUUCCUCUGAAAGUAAAAGACAUCCCUGAAUUGAAAGAAUUCUUUGUAGAAUUGGGCUUAACUACAGGACAGCUGGGUAUAGAUGAUUCUACACAAGUGCCUCCUGAACUUUUUGAAAAUGAGCAUGUACGUAUUGGGCAAAAAGUUCUAGCAGAACAAGAUAGUGCCGCUGCUCAACAGUAUAUCAGACAAGGAAGCCCCACAGCACUGAGAGCGGAAUUAUGGGCUCUCAUUUUGAAUAUUUCCAGUCAACCUGAGGAUAUCUUAUAUUAUGAGCAGCUCAAGACCAAUGUGAUACAACAUGACCUUUUGGUGGAUAGUCUAAUCUAUAAAGAUGUGAAGUUGACAGCAAGCAAUGAUGAUUAUUAUUUUGUAUUUGAAGACUAUUUAUAUCAGGUAUUACUUUGUUUCUCCCGGGAUACAUCUGUGUUGGGUCAUUUUGCGUACAACAGCGCUUCACCACCGAAAUCAUACAUCAGAGGAAAACUAGGACUAGAAGAAUAUGCAGUAUUUUAUCCACCAAAUGGUUGCAUCCUGAAGAAGUUCUGUUACCCCAGCAGAAUUAAGAACAUGGGCUUUGUAACCCAGCCGACCUGGGUUCAGAUCCCAGUCCCGCCAGCUCGCCCUAUGACCUUGAAUCAGGAAACCAGGGGGAAAAUACCUCUGAAGAGCCAGAAGAGGUGUCCACAGAGUCAAAUUCCUGCUCUCUCCAUGCCUAGGAGAGCUUUUACUUAGCACACAUGCCUAACAAGCUUGGUUUACCGGUGUUUAUGCCCCCCUACAAAAGUGGAAGCAUAGAAAGAGGCCGACACAGAUGGGAAAAAUGACUAACAACAGCACAACGGCAAUCAGAGGCUUCACAAAGGAAAAUAGAAGAACUAUAAUAACCAGCACAUAAGAGCGCUCCAGAAAAUCUGCCGGGGACCAUUUUGUGUAAAAGCCAGUCACCUUGUGACUUUUUAAAGAGUUACGGUGCACGUGUAUGUACGUAGUUAUAGUAUGUACUAUAAUGAUUUAAGACUUUUAUUAGGCACUUGAGACACCAAAAAACAAAUGGCCGUAAUAAUAGCCGUGACGGCAGUCAGGGUGGCGGCAGCUAAUGUUUUGCAGGCAGGACUGUGUACCAGGCAGUGUGCUAAUCGCAUUACGUGCGGCAAUCCGCUUGGUCCUUACAAGGCGUAACCUGCCGAGGCAGGGACUAGUGUUAUCCCUAUUUCUAGAUGAAGAAGCUGAGGCACAGAGUGUCCAUUUGCUCCGCCGGUGAGGGGCAAAGCCAGGCUUUCAAUCCGAAGCUCUUUGCCUUCAGUCUUCUUCAUCACCAUGCCCUAUUGCCUCAGAAAAUGUUACCGUGUACAUUAGAGUGGCUUUUGGAAGAAAAGAAAGGGGCUGAUAAGUUGAAAAAGUGGAUGUGUAGAAUAGGUUCUAGAAAGAUUUUCAUUCAGAAUGAAAAUAGUUUAAUACUAAGUGGGGUGACCCCUACAGCCGCUCAUAAACUUCAUUCUUCAGAAUAAUUUUUUCUUUCAGGUAAUUUUAAAACCUUGCCAGAAUCAGAGAGAGCUCUCUUCUCUGGGCAUUGAGUCCAAAGUUGCAGAACAAGAGGAGACAAAGACUAGUCAGUCUGUUUUCCCUUUAUUCUUUCCUCAAGGCAAUACUAAGCAGCACUUGUAUGUUAUCCAUUCCACUGCUGCCCCAAAUAGGAUUACUUUAAAAUCUUAAGGACACCUCCGCCACUGACCUCAUUUGAGGCCUUGUCGGUGGACAGACUUUCUGUAGCAGAUUCACUAAACAACUGGUAGGCAAAAUUUCUGAGCUGAAGAGAGUUUUCAUAGGAAUUAUAUAAGCUUCUCUUGUUUUUACUUUUCGUUCAACUUAUAUAACUUGUUUUCAUUUAUUCAUUUAAUACUUACACAGUCCUGCUCUGGCUCCCUCUUCUAUUCUAGGGUGGGUGAUCUGCAGUAAAAAGUACCUACUAUCAAGAAGCUUACAUUCUAGUGAGGGAGACAACAAGCAAGUAAAUAAAUAACCAAUGAAAAUAAUUUCAGAGAAUGUGAUGUGAACCAUGAAGGGGAACAGAAAUUGAUAGGGAGGUGAAGGAGGGUGUGGCUUUAGGUAAAGGGCUUUGCCUUUAAGUAAACGUAAGACUUUAGGUAAGGUCACCUUUAGGUAAGGUGAUCAGGAAAAGUACUUCUGAGGAGGUAGAAUAUGAACAGAGACCAGAAUAUGCAGAGUGAGCUGUGCAAUGAAGUAGGAGAAGAACAUUCCAGAGGGAAUACAUAGCAUGUUUAAAGGCCUAAGACGGGAACCUGCUUGAUGGUUUGAAAGAACAAGAUGGCCGAUAUGACUGGUGACAGUGAGCAAAACAUAACCUGGUACUAGGUGAGACUGGAGGCUUAGGGACCAGGUCAGAUAGGGAGACAGUUGAUCUAAAGUUUUGUCUAGUAAGUCUAGUGUCUGGGCUUCCUCAGGAAUAGUUUCUGUUAAUCUCUUGUGUUCAUGUGAAUGGGCUAUACUUACCUUUUUUUUUUUUUUUUUUUCUAAUUUUAAUUCCAGUAUAGUUAGCAUACAGUGUCAUGUUAGUUUCAGGGGUACAAUAGUGAUUCAACUUUCCAUAUAUUACUCAGUGCUUGUCAUGGUAAGUGUACUCUUAGUCCCCUUGAGCUAUACUUUCUUAUUUCUUUGCAUGCCUAGUAAAUUUUUUGUUCAUAACUAGAUAUCUUGAAUAUUAUAGUGUGGUAACUCUAGAAAUCAAAUUGUCUCCCCUCCCCAGAAUUUGUUGUUGUUGCUUGUUUAGUGGCUUUUCUAAACUACUUUGUCAAUAUUGUGUUGUUGUUUUUUUGUAUGGAGUGCCCACUGAGGUCUCUGUUCCAUUAGCCUAGUGGCCAACUGGUAAUUUGACAGAGGUUUCCUUAAACAUCAGAAACCAAAAGAAAAAAAAUCUAUCCCAGUCUUUGCAGGUUGGCUGUAUGUUGAGGUACUCCGUCGAGGCUUAGCCAGGCCAUUUAAUUUUUUUUUUUUAAUUUAUUUAUUUGGAGAGAGAGA